AUGUCCCUUAUUGGGACGGUGGUCACCAUCUUCUGUUACGAGUGUCAGCAGAGAGGAGACCCGAGGCUGUGUGGCGGGGCCAUCCAUGUUACCGUCCUCCCUUUAUCUCUACCAUCCUAUCCUCCUCCCCUCUUCCUCCUCUUCCUCCGCCUGCUGCAGAGAGUGGCCCAGAUCCCACCCUGCCUCACACCUGCCUGGACCCUGCUCUUGCCUCCCCCAGCCCUGCCUCACACCUGCCUGGACCCUGCUCUUGUCUACCCCCCUUCCCCUGCCUCACCACUCACCCCCUCUCUCACCAUGAUGGAGUUGGGAGGUGUAUCCUAUCUGACAGAGGAGUGUCUUCUACAGGCCACGCCCACCUGCCUUGGGUGUUUCAUUGAGACCCGGGACCCCACCCCUAUCCAUGACCCCGCCCCUAUCCAUGACCCCGCCCCUAUCCAUGACCCCAGCCCCACGACUCCUGACCUUGACCGCGAGGCGGGGCUGGUAAGCCACCAGGACUUGGAGGCCACUUCCUGCCCUAUCUCUGACAUCAGCAGCAUCAAUAUCCCAUGUCUGAGUCAGGCUGGGGAGGUCACGGAGGUCCUCGAGGAGCCGCUCCUGUCAGACCAGCUUCUCAGCUUCUCCAUGACCAAAAACUGCCACGCCACCGCCCUCACUACCGCCCUCGUUACCGCUAACGACAAGACAGGAGACAACGGAGAGAAGACAGAGGCAGAGGAUCCCACGACCAAGAAUCUGUAUGAGGGCCUCCUAUUGGACAAAGUGAAUGUGGAGGAAAUGCUGCUAUUGGACAAGGUCAACGGGGGGGAAGUGUUGCUAUUGGACAAGGUCCCCGGGGGGGAAGUGUUGCUAUUGGACAAAGUGAAUGUGGAGGAAAUGCUGCUAUUGGACAAGGUCAACGGGGGGGAAGUGUUGCUAUUGGACAAGGUCCCAGGGGGGGAAGUGUUGCUAUUGGACAAGGUGAACAGAGAGGAGGUCCUCUUAUUGGACAAAGUGAAAGGGGAGGAGGUGCUGCUAUCAGACAAGGUCAGCGGUGAGGAGGUCCUUCUGGCCAAUGCGGGUCAGGACUGGGGUUACUUCGAGUCGUUUAUCAGUGAGUCCAAGAUGGAGCUGCUGGACCUGUGUUCUAAGACCGACCUGUCAGUCAACCUGUUCUCCGAGGACGACGUUGACAACCUGUUUGACGACGACGACGAGGAGUCGGCUCUGAGCAGCGACGUGUGCUCUCUAAAGAUUCGCUACGAGUCCUUCCAGGACAACAUGAGAGAGAAGACCAACGUCCUGCAGGACGACACACAGUUCAACUUCUUCCCCUCUGUCCUAGUCAACUGUGGUGGAGGUGUUAGCCCCCUAGUGGGGUCUCAGGGGUCCCAGGGUUCACCCCUCUCCUCCGCCUCCUCUGUCAACUACCUGCUGGAGUUCAGAAACUCAGUCGAGGAGGACGCGGAGUACAGCGACGGCGACUCCUGCACCUCCUCGGACACCCUGCAGGAGGCGCAGCAGGAGGCGCAGCCGGGCCAGAGGAGGGGAGGAGGAGGAGGAAGUGCGCCCAGCGGUUUCAGGAGACUCCUCAGCCCCUCCAACCCUCUGAACUACGGCCUGCGCUCCAAACGGAAGGUCCGCUACAGUGACGACUACCUAUAUGACGUCGACUCCAUCGACAGCCACGAGAAGACCGAGAGAAUCGCCACGGAGAAGAGAGAGAAGGUUCCGGCGGGACAGAGGGAGGAGGAUGUGGACUGGUACCCCAAGAAGAGAUGGAAAUCCUCCCGGAAGGAGCCUCCAGUCAUCAUCAAGUACAUCAUCAUCAACCGCUUCAAAGGACAGAGACACAUGUCUGUGAAUCUGGGCAGGCUGGACCCUGCCGGGGACGCUGCCGUGAGCCUGGACGCCGCCGCGGAGAGCCACUACUCCUCUCUGUCUCCACUGAAAGACUUCUGGCAGGAGAGGAGGAGGGAGCGGGAGGAGCAGCUGCGGCUGGCGUCCAGAGAUGAACAGCAUCUGAACAGGCGUCGUCACCCCCACCGCCCCUUUAGUUCCAUGCACCCCAAACGGAAAUACAAGAUAGCCAACAGGUUGUGUGUACAGAGGAUCCCCCAGACAGGGGAGGGAUCAGCAGCAACACAGGACUCGGCUUCUACCUCCUCUGUCUCUGAUCAGGCUGUUACUACAGAGGAGGGGGGAGGGGGAAGAGCGACAUUAGAACUUCAGAACAUCACACACACCGGAACAGCCAAGAGGAGCCGCACUCAGGAGAGGGAGGAGAGGGACGGGGGGAGGAUGGGAGGAGGGAAAACAGGGAGGAUAAGGAAAUUCAAGAGCCAAGCCAGGCUGAGCAGUAACAAGACAAUGAAAGAGGGAGGAGCAGGUGGAAGAGCGGAGGGGGGGAGCGUGAUGAAUGGAGCGGCGGAUGCGUGUACUGUUGCUGAUGCUGGGGCGUUAACCAACCAGGAGCCUGCUGGCAGCGUGGCAGACAUCAGCUCUAACACACCCAGCCCCCCUUUCUCCUCCCUGGAUCCCACCAACCACCAGACAUUCCCCUUCACCUCCUCCUCCUCCUGCGCCUCUGUCCUCAUCUCUUCUGACUCCGUCACCUCCUCCUCCUGCGCCUCUGUCCUCAUCUCUUCUGACUCCGUCACCUCCUCCUCCUGCGCCUCUGUCCUCAUCUCUUCUGACUGCAUCACCUCCUCCUGCAUCUCCUCCUCUUGCUCCUCUGACCAAGCUGUACCGUCUGGGGAGAGGGAGGAAGGGGUGUCACUGACCCCAGGGGGGUACCUGCAGACCCUACUAGAUGCCUCAGACUCCUCCAGAGGGGCAGGUAUCACCUACUACCCCCAGCAGCCCCCCAGGCAGAACUAUCCCCUGGGUCUCUCUCUAGAGGAGAAACAGCCUCCCAGCCAGAACUAUCCCCUGGGUCUCUCUCUAGAGGAGAAACAGCCCCCCAGGCAGAACUAUCAGGAGAAAAAGCCUCCCAGCCAGAACUAUCCCCUGGGUCUCUCUCUAGAGGAGAAACAGCCUCCCAGCCAGAACUAUCCCCUGGGUCUCUCUUUAGAGGAGAAACAGCCUCCCAGCCAGAACUAUCCCCUGGGUCUCUCUCUAGAGGAGAAACAGUUUGCCUCCCUGCAGCUAGUCCAGAGCUGUGUCCUCUCCCCUCCCUCCGAGUCAGAGCUCCAACAGUCCCCCCAUCUCUGCCCCAGCUUCCCCCCCUCCAUGUGGAACCACCAGCCCCAUCUCUGCCCCAGCUACCCCCACAGCCAGGGGAGCUUUGGCCCCGACACCACUCUCCUCUCCAGCGGGUUCCUGCCCUUGUUGGACGGCGUUCCUGGGUCUCGGUCAGGGUCUGGGUCAGACUACAGCCAGCAGGGAUCAGAGACUGACAGACUGCUGUACGAGAAGAGUUACCUUGUGGAGGGGGAUGGGCUGGGGCUGCAGCCAGGGUCGGGGGUGGAGCUACAGGAGCUGCAGGUGUGUCAGUCAGGUGUCUGUCUGGGGCAGGUGCAGUACCAGAGAGACUCUCUCUGCUCAGACCAUGGAUGUCUAAUCAGCUAUGACUCUGUGGGCUCCUUAUCUGCCUGCUCCUCCAACUAUAGCUCUCAGAGCCUCCAGUCCUGCAGCUGUGGGGAACAGCGUGAGGGAGGAGGGGAGACGGAGGAGAGGAGAGACAACUACCUGCAGCACUGCAGCUGUGGGGAACAGCGUGUUGGAGGAGGGGAGACGGAGGAGAGGAGAGACAACUACCUGCAGCACUGCAGCCCCACAGUGUUGUUCCAACAGAGCCUGGAGAACAUGGGUCACCCCAUCACCCCCCUCAGAGAGUCCUCAGACCUCCUCGACAUCUCCAACUUCACCCCCGACAAGUUCAGACACUCCGCCCUGUCCGAGCUGUCGCCCCCGGAGACCCCCAACCUCUCCCCCCAGGUGACGGGGUGGGAGAUGAGGACAGGAGGCAAAGCCCCGGAGUACCAGGAUCAUGUGACAGGAUGUGACAUCAUGCAGCAGGCGGAGCAGCACGGGGUGGAGGGGCGACAGUUCCAGAUACACCCCUCAUUCAACGGAGAGGGGGAGGAGCAGGGGAGGAAGAACACCCGCUCUAAGAGGAAAGGUUAUAAACAGGCAGCAGCGGGGGGACAGCAGGGGCCUAAGAAAGGCCGGGCCCCCAGAGCAUGCAAGACAGAGAAGGUGAAGAUGCCUAGACAGAGCCGCUCCUCUAAGAAGAUCAAAGCCAUGCUGGAGGGGAAGGCUGCCAAGAGUCAGGCGCAGGCGGGGGGGAACCUUCAGCCCCACAGCCACGGUAGCACUGGGGACUGGUCUGGUAGCAGCACCGGGCCUAGGGGCUGGUCGGAGGGGAACACCAGCCUGGGGGAAGGGGAGGAGCAGCAGGAGUUUGAGGAGCCGUCUAACAUCCUGUCCAACAUUGUGUCCGGCAUGGCGGAGGUCCAGAGGUUCAUGAUGGAGUCCAUGGAGCCUCUCUGGGACCCGCUGGAGGGCGGCCUGCCGCCUGACGCCAACAGCCUCAACAUGAAGACACUCCACAUCCUCCAGGGAAGGGGGGGCAAGAAGGGGGCAGGUUCCGUGGUGGUCGGACGGGGCAGGAAGGCCAGGGGCAAGGUGGGAAAGAACCAGGCCAAGUUUAACACCUCCCACCCCAUCUUCCCCCAGCUCGCUCUGGGCUGCAACAUGUUCGACAAACCCAACUCGAUUAGCCCAGGCCCCACGCACAAAAAACUGUACCGCCACAAGACCAGCGCCAAGCUCCCAAACAUGGAGACUGUGAAGGGCAAGCGAGGGGGAGCGGAGAGCAACCCAAACAAGGACUUGGCUCUCAUGGCCUCUUUUGAGAAACUGAGGUAAUAUUUUG